GAAACCCUUAAAACCACUCCCUCUCUCUCCCUCUCAAAACCCUCCAAAAACCCCUGAAACAUGAGCUCCUACAACAACAGCAAUCCCUCUUCCUUUGAUAAUCUCCUCCUCCAAAGCCUCAUGGGCAGGCUCCAUCUCCGCCCUCCAUAUCUCCACACCAACUCCUUCCUCUCUCAAUCCCUCUCUGACUUCCUGGUGGACCCCAACGCCCCGAUCUCCUCACUAUCCGACGACGAGGACGAUUCCGAGAAGACCCAUCUCGCCAAAGAGGAAUCCAAGCUCGAGAAGGCCAUCAUCCGUCUCAUCCUCUCUGGCGACACUGGCGACUUAAAGCCCAAUUCGGGCCAGGCCGUAACAGUCGGCGAUCACCACAUCUGCGUCGGUUUCCACGAAGAGAAAGGAUCUGAUUACCGGGUCUGGGAGUGGCACGGGCACAUCAUGUUGUUUGAUGAGGAGAACGGGUACACGCCGGAGUAUAUAUACGGGAACUACUUUGAGAGGCGGGCCCGGGUGGAAGCCCGUGGCAGUGACGGUGACGGUGGGGAGGAGGAGGAGGAGAAGGAGAAGGAGAAGGAGAGUGGAGGUGGGAAUCUCGGGCUGCGGGAGCUGAUCGGAGGUGGGGAUGAGAUGAACAGUCGGAUUCUUAGGAGGAAUUUGAAUGUGGGGUCGCCGAGGUAAGGCUUUUUUGACAGUUUUUUAGUUGAAGCCGAGGUUGUAAUAUUGAUGAUGUGUUCAAACUGAGAAUACCCAAGUUGAGAUUUCGACAAUUUUCUUUUAAAUGGUUUCUUGCUAAGUUGGCCAUAAAGGGAUUUUGAGUCUAUGCAACUGAUAUUAUAAUUUCAUUAUGGAAGCUCUUUUCAUUAGUUCUGUGAUAAAUGAUUAUGAAAGUUCAGGAGA